CGCAGUUGGCAGCUCCAGCGGCAGUGGCAGCGGCAAUGGCGGCAUCGCAAGCGGCGGCGGCGGCAGCGGCAGCAGCGGCAGUGGCGGCAGCGGCUAUGGCAGCAGCAGCGCAAGGGGUGGCAGCGGCAGCCACAGCAGCCACAGCAGCGGCAGUGGCGGCAGCGGCUGCGGAAGGGGCAGCAGUGGCAGUGCAAGUGGCGGCAGUGGCAACGCAAGCAGCAGCAGUGGCAGUGGCUGCAACGGCUGCGGCAGGGGCAGCGGCGGCAGCACAAGCAGUGGCAGCGGCAGCGGGAGCGGCAGCAGUGGCAAUGGCAGCUGUAGUGGCGGCGGCUGUCUGACGACUAGCUGGCAGCAGCUGC